UGUCCGUGGAAGCUCCAAGAUUUAGUUUGAGCGAACUUAUGCCAGAAGUUGAGCUUUAGUGGAGUUAGUGCGUCCGUCCUGAACGUUUAAUGGUUGUGUUCAAACCGAGAUGGAUGAAGACGAGCGGCAGAGGAAACUAGAAGCGGGGAGAGCGAAGAAAUCCUCCAACAUGCCACGAAACCAGACACUUGCUAGCUUCAGACAGAAGCGGGCGCAAAGCGACAGUGCGGGGGCGGCGAAAAAGACGCAGAAGAGGAAGGGCUCGACUGUCGCGCAGAAUGACGGCUCAACGCAAGACCGCCGUGUAGAACCAGUACUUCCAUCAGCCACUGACACCCAGCUGAACAGGAAGACCAACCAUGAGGUACCUAAGAUACCAACAAAAUCUGUGGUUCAGCAGAAACAAAGACAGAUGGAUGAGCCCCCGACCCUGAAGCAAAGCCCGUCCCCCUCUGUAGAGCUGGGACAUGAGGAGCUACUGGCACUUACUGGCAGAGAACAGCUCAAGCAAUUACAAGAGGCUGUGGAGAAGCGUAAUGAGAUAAUUGCCAAGCUGAGCUCCAACCUGCAGGAUGCGCUGGCCAGCAGAGACCAGGUGCAGCUGGAGGCACACUCACUUGCUGGACAGAUUCAGGCACUACAGAGACAGCUCCAACAGACCAGUGUCGAGUUUCUCCGAAUCAAAAGCCAGUCAGACUCUGAAGUCCAGUACACUCAUCGACAACAGCUUCAACAUGACCACGGCUCCCGAGAUGCCGACCUCAAUCAUAAGGAGGUGCCAACAGAGGGAUCAGGAAGUGAAGGAACUGCCUCUCAAACAAGUGUUGAAGGCUUCAACGGUGAAGGUGACCCCGAGAUCAACAUUGUUCUGGACAAACUGAGGGCGGAGCUGGAAGAAGAACGAGAAAAGGGUCGACAAAUAUGUGCUAAACUCUCUGAGGAGCUGGAGAAACACCAACAUGUGCUUUCUUUACUGGAGAGAGAGAAGAACGGAAGGGAAGAGGAUAGGAAAGAAAAGGAGGCACAGCUGCAAGAUCUCCAGAACGAACUGAGCCAAGUCCAGUCCCAGUGCCUUGAGAUGCAGCAGUGCAAAGAGGAGAAGGAGAAACUGAACAGGGAAGUACUGGGGCUGAGGAAAAGACUUCAGGAGGAAGAAGAUGCAGAGAGGACAUUAAGUGAAAAGGUGGCCACUUCUGCCCUUCGUCUCCAGAGCCUCGAGGAGGAAAGACAAAGACAAGAAGCAGAGAUGCAGAUGCUUAAAGAGGAGCAUAGGGAGGAGGUGGAGAGAGUCAGGCAGCUGCUGGAGGAGAGGGAGAAAGAACUGAAGUUCAGAGAAGAAGAGGUCAUGGGAUUUAAAGCGUCUAAAAAUCGACAGAACCAAGCAAAAGCUGGUUUUAGUUGUGAUGCGGAUGAGGCCAAUCUGGAAAGUGGACCCAAUGAAGACAGCAUGAAUGUAUCAGUACCUGGGGACAUUAUGAUGGAGAGAUACUUCUUUUCAGUUCCUCCCGCAUACUCUCAGUCUUCAUUGGUUAAUGAAAGCUUUGAACACUGUAGUCAGCUGGAUGUCUCUGCAAACCACAGUUUUGAGCUCAGCUGUGAACUCUUGGGAGAAGAGCCCCUGCUUUCAAUUUCAAACCGUCUCCUCGAGGAAAACGACACAUCUAGCCUCUCUAUCCCACAGUGCCACGACCCUGGGACUGAAAAUUCCAAUCCACAGAGUCUGUGUCAGUGGCUUCACAACUCCACCUCUGGAGAUCUGGACAGGAGUACUCUGUCCGAGCAGCAGUUUGAGGAGACAGACCUGGGAAAAGAGCUGCUGAAUCAGCAGUGUUGCGAGCUCCGUGAGGAGCUGGCUCUCAAAGACAGGGACUUGAAUGUGUUGAGGGAGGAGGUCGACAAGACUGCUGAAGAGCUGGAGGAGGCCAGGAGCAGGUGGGCUCAAGUAACAGAGGAGCUCAGACAGGCUCUCUGGGAACUUGAGGAGGAGAAGAGGAGACGCGUUGAGGAGGAGAUGAACGACCAAGACGACCUCAAGAACAAACUCGGUGCCUUAAUGGAAGAAGGAGAAAAAGAGAUAGCAGCAAUGUUCGUGGGAAAGGAAGCUGCUGAUACUCCGCUGCUUGCCCCUAGUACGGGUCCAUCAGAGAAGGAAGAUAAACUGGUGGGGGAGCUUGAAAAGGAGGCUGGAUUCCUGUCUCAUCAAAAACAGCCGGAGAUGCUCGUAUCCUCUCUGCAGGAGAUGAAGCAGAGCGCAGAGCUCAGACAUGACAACCAGUUGCAAACGCUACAGGCUCAUUGUGACCAUCUCAUAUCAGAGCUAGAGGAGACAAAAACAAAGCUAAACGCUGCCUUAAGUCAAGGGACCUCGGAUGAAACGAGAUUAAAGGAGCUUGAAACAACACAUGCACAGCUUCUGGAUGUCGCAGCAGAGGUGGAGAGACUGCAGAACGAGCUGGACAAGAGCCACAUCAAUCUGGACAGGGCCGAGAAUGAAAAGCAUGAACUAGAGUCUCAGAUCCUCUGUCUGAGACAAAACCUGGACAUGCUAGAGGAGGCCCAGUCCCAGGCAGUGCAGGAGAGGGAGGAGCACAAGAGGAAAGAAGAAGAGAUGGACGAGCAGAUACAAAAAAUGGAGCAAAUCUUAGAGGAGGAACUUGAACAGUUUGAGAACUUGCUAAAAUCCAAGGAGGUUGAGUUUGCUGAGGUGAAGGAAAAAUGGGAGGAAGAGAGACAGGAGAAGAAGAAAGAGCUUCUUGAUGUGAAACAUCUCAUGGAGGAGCAGAGGAGGCAGAGGGAUGAGGAGGUCAAGGCUCUCCUGGAGAAGCAGGUCCUGGCUGUGGAGGAAGUCAGAGAGAAGCUCAUGACGUCUCACCAACAGGAGAAACAAAUCUUGAUGGCGAAACAUCAACAAGAGAUCUCUGAGCUGAAUACUCACCUGGAGAAAGAGCUCCUGAAGCAGCAGGCCGGUAUGGAGGAAGAACAAAAGAGAAAGAUCAGCUUCAUCAAACAGGUGACUGAACGUGAGCAUGAGAGGCUGGUGUCAGAGCUGAGUGUCAAACACAGCGAGGAGCUUAGUCAACUGAAGACAGAGCUGUCGCUGGAACUGAGGGAGAGCUUAGAGGCUGCCCACCAGGCUGAACUGCAGCAGGCUCAGGACCAAAAAAACGUUGAGCUUGAGGCCUUGCGUCUGAGCCUGACCAAUGCCCACAUGUCCCAGCUGGAGCACCUUCAGGAGUCUACUGUCACCAAAGUCCAGCCCUUCCUGAAGGAGGCUUUUGCUCAAGAGACUGCGUCCCUGAAGACCCAGCAUCAAGCCGAACUGGACCAGCUCAGACAGAAAGACCAGGAGCAGCUGGACAGACUGCGGGAGCUGCACCAACAAGACAUAGAUGAAUUCAAUCAGCAGUGGGAGACUCGUGUUGCUCAGGAGAGAGGCUCAAUGGAAGAAAAGCAGGCUAAAGAGAUUCAGGCUCUAAGGUUGCAGUGGGAGAAAGAGGCUGAGAGCGCCCGCUCAAACCUCCUGACAUCUCUGUCAGAGGCAGAGAACAGCCUCACCGCCACACAGACAGAACUCUCCAGCACCCAGACCUCCCUUACUCAGAUCAACAAGUCUCUAUCUGAAGCCCAGGCAGCUCUGUCGCAGACCCAGUCAGAGCUAAAGGAGUCACAGGCCAGGCUGAAAGAACUCCAGUUAUCUAGUAAGGAGGAGAACGAAAAACUAGAGGAGGAGCUGAAACAAGCCUUGGCUGACAGGGAUUCUGCUGCAAGUUCCCUGGAGGAAUUGGUCUCUAGCCAAAAGGCAGUUUUGCAGGAGAAAGUGCAGCAAGCUCUACAGCUAGAGGAGAGGGAAAAGCAACUUCUGAAAGAAGUACUUCUCCUUCAGGAGGAGAAGACUUUGCUGAAAAAGAACUCAGAAGAGGAAGUAGCUCAGCUGUGGACUCAGCUGGACAGCAUGAGGACGAAUCGCCAAGAGUUGGGAGAACUUAAGGAGCAACUUCUCGCUCGCUCAUCUCGUGUUGAUGACAUUGAGCGCCUAAAGAUGGAGUUUAAUGAACAAAAACAAGGAAUCAAAGAGCAGAAUGAGGCUGAGCUGGAAAGCCUAAGGAGGUACUUCGAGAAGAGGUUGCAAGCAACUGAAGAGAGCUACAGAGAGGAAAUAGCUCUUCUCCAGCUAAGAAUGGUAGAAGCUGCUUUGGAAGAGUCUUUGAAUAAAACUGCUAAUGACAGUUCCAUUUCUCAUGAUGAAGCAGAGGAGGCAAAAUAUGAUCUGUCUGAUACCAGCCUCAAGCUUGAGAAACACAGGGAAUUGGAGGAGAAACACUCAAUGGAGCUUUCCAAUCUGAGAUCCUCCUAUAAGGAAGAUGUGCUGCAGGUGAGCUCAGACCUCACAGACCAUUACUAUGAUGAGCUGCAAGAGAUUAAGUCUCGUCACGCUUUGGAGACGGAGCAACUCAAAGCCAAACUUUCUGAGAAACACUUACAAGAGCUUACCAGACUCCGUUUGGAGGCUGCUCUGCAGGUUGAGGCGGAGGUCGAACUGAGGCUGUGGUGUCACACUGAGGAGCUGCAGACAAGGAUGACCAUGAUCCACACCCUGGAGGACAGAGUGGCUGCCUUGAGUGAACAGCAGACAACAGAAAUCAAGGAGCUCACUUCUCUCCUCCGGGAGCAGAGUGAAGAGCAGCUACGUCAGGCUCAAGAGAGGUUCCACGAAGAAAAAACAGUGCUGGAGGAGCGUUUGGCCCAGUCAUACGAAAACUCUGUGUCAGAGCUAAAGGACAAACUUCAAACGGAGCUGGAACAUGAGAGAGCAUCUGUACUGAGCAAACACUCACAAGAGAUGGACACACUCGAUGCCAAACACAAAGCACAGCUAGAUUCACUUAGUGCCAGUCACAGAGAUCAGCUUGUAGCCAAAGCCGCUGAUCUCGAUUCCAAACACAAUGCAGAGAUUGUUGCCUUGGAAGCGGCCCUCAAUUCCAAACGAACGGCAGACCUUAAAGAUCUGGAGGCCAUGAUGCAGGAGACCAGUCUGGUUCAGCUCGAGGCUUUAGAAGCUGAGCUCACUCGCAAACACCAAGAGGAGAGGGAUCUAUUGGAAAAGAGGAUGCUGGGUAAUAUGGACACUUUGGAGGCCACGUACCUGAAGGAAGUGCAAGCCCUGCGUGAUGAAGUGGGACAGCUCGAAGAGGGGCACCAUCUAGAUCUGAAUGACCAGAAGUCAGAAUGUCUGCAGAUCAUUGAGCUCCAUGCUGCAGAACAACUGUCCAUCAGGGAGGAGCUGAGGAAAGAACUGGCUCAGCUGCAAAUGGAAAAGUUCAGUGCCAUGGCAGCGGAGCUCAGCCACGUUCACAAGGCUGAGCUGGCUGCUCAAAAAGAGGCCUCAGACAAUGAACACUGCACAGCUCUGGAGACCCUGAAGAUGCAGGUUUUGGAGCUUGAGCAACAUCACAAUGCUGCACUCCAGGAGCUUUCACACACCUACAGUGAUGAGAAAGAGCAGCUCAUCAAGCAGCACCAACUCCAGCUACAGGAGACGAGGGGUAGCUCCGCCCGAGAAUUGGAGGCAUGUCGGCGGGAGCUUGAAGAGGAAUCGUCCAGGCAACGUCAGCACUUCAUGGAAGAGGUGGAGCUCCUCAAAGUCCAAUCAGAGGAGAGGCUGCAGGACAGGAUUAAUCAACUGAAGACGGAGUUUGAGGACCAGAAGGAGGCGGAGCUUCAAGACCUGAGGCGGAGCUUCGCAUCUGAGCAGGAGAAGAAGGAGCAGAGCUACACCGGCAAAAUGAGCCAACUCACCUCCCAGCUGCAGAAGCUUGAUGCUGUGGUGGCCCAGCUGCGGGCAGAGGUUGGCUGUCUGCAGGGAGAGUUGGAAGGGAAGCGUUCGGAGAUGGAGACCCUGGACACCCUCCUCCAGCGAAGGGACAGAGAAAAUCAGGAGGGAGGCAACCACCUCAAGAUGCUCACUGAUGACUUGCACACGGCCAAAGAGGAAAGAUAUAAUCUGCACAAGGCCAAUGAAAAGAUAGGGAUGGUGCUGAUUGAGAUUGUUCGCAGCAUUGUUGCAACAGAGGAAUUCAUUGGCCAAAAGAUCAGUACCAGAUCCAACAAAUACAAGCAGGCGACUUAUCAGAAGAGCCCAGCAGGGAUCAAAGAUGCUGACGAGUCGGGUAUUACAGUUUCAGAGUUGUCAACAGAGGAUGUUGAGCUGACCCAGCUAUUCUGUGAGAGCUUGCUUGUCUCAGAUACUGAGAUCAGUCCUGGCGGAGAAGAGGCAGCUCUGAACGCCUGCGGCAGACUGCGACACACAGUAGGCACACUACUGGAGCUGCUCAACCAAGCCAACACACAGCUGGAGCAGAGUCAAGAUGUCCACCUUUCUCUGGAGGAGAAGUUCUCUCAGGGCAGAGAAGAUUCCGCCCAGCUCCUUAAGCAGCACAAGCUCUUAUUGGAGCAGCUCGAUCAGGACGCAAAGCUGAAGAGUCAACUCGAGCUGGAGCUCCAUAAGGCCGAGGGGCUCCUAGAUGGCUAUAUGGCAGAGAAAGUGGUCCUAGAGGAGUGUCUCCAGCAGAGGGAGGCUCAAGAGGAGAGACUAGUUGAGGAGCUGGAGGAUCUUAAGGUGAAGCUGCAUAAGAUGGGGAGCAUCACUGGGGAGCUGGACAGCCUAAGACUGAAGCACCAGGAGCUCAGUGAGGAGCACACAAUUCUCCUACGUCAAAAGGAGCAUCUCUCUGCCGGUCUUGGGGAUCGAGAGAAAGCUCUACUAGCAGAGACGGAGCUUUUGACCCAAGAUAGACUGGACCUGCAGCGGCAGGCGGAGCGGGACCACAGGUCUCUGUCUCAGCGCCUCAGGGACCUGGAGAGAUAUUUGGAAGAGCAGGAAACCAAGGGCCUGGAGACGGAGCUGCACAACAAGACUCACACUGAAGACCUCAACCAGCGUGUCCAAGCACUGGAGAAACAGCUAAAACACGACCGUCAGUUUAUAGAGGAGCAAGCUGUGGAGCGUGAACAUGAGAGAGACGAGUUCCAACAGGAGAUCCGAAGGCUGGAGGCCCAACUCAGACAAACGGCCGGUGUGGAUAACAAAGGACACAGGUUUGAGGACUUGGCUCUGCAGGUGGAAAGUCUACAAGCUGUCAUCAAAGACAAGAUGGACGACCAGGCUUCCUUGUUCGCAGCCAAUCAGCAGGCCCAGCGUGACCUUACUGAACGCAACGAGGAGAUAGACAAGCUAGCCGGGCGAAUCAGAGAACUGGAGCAUGCGCUGCUCAACACUGCUGAGAGUAACCGAUCUAUUGGUCAACUUGAACAAGAGCUUCACAGAGCAAAGUUGAGAGAGCAGGAGCUCACACAAGAUAAGCAAGCCCUGGAGCAGCAGCAGCUGUCCAGCAGGCUUCAGAUCUCCGCCCUGCAGUCCAAACUGGAUGAUAUGAGACACAGCUACCAUGACAACACACGUGACCCCACCCAGGAGCUUAGGGAUGCCCUUGACACUGCUCAGCAGAGUCUACAGACCAAAGAGCAAGAGGUUGAGGUUCUGCUUGGCCAACUGGAGAAUGUGCACAGCGACUUGACCAUCAAAGAAGUUGAACUAAAACACCUCACACUGCAGCUGGAGUCGGUGACCAAUCAGAAUGCAGCUCAUGUCAAUGAGCUCCAAGAGCAGAUUGCUGCACUGAAGGAGACUGUAUCUAAUCUAGAAAUACUUGAGGAGGAGAAGGAAGAGCAAAGCGAGUUGGAGGAAGUAAAUGAAGAGACCCUCCCCUCAGCUCUACUCCAGGAGAAAAACCAGGAAAUCGAUCACCUCAACAAUGAGAUCCAAAGAUUAGAACAGGAGCUGGAGUUCACCGGGGACAACAAGGAUUUGGAAGUUGACCUUGAGGAUCUGCGCUCACAGGUGGAACAUCUUCAGUCUGAAAUAACCAGAGUGCGUCAGGACAAAGAGGAAGAAGAGGAGCGCCUUCAUGAGGUCAUCAGCACGCUGCAGGCAGAACUCUCCACACUGGGCCCCAACAUGCAUGAAGUUAGCGACUCUCAGGACGGGGACAGCAUCAAUCCCUCACCUGCUCCCAGCCCAGAACCUCACCACUACACCAUCCAGGAAAAGGAUAGGAGGGGAGGGCCGAGUAGCCUGAAGCAAGAGCUCAGUCUGACUCACUCUGCCGCCUCUCGUUCCCUUCGCUCUCGUCUCAAGGCCACUCAGAGUCAGCUGGACACAGCGGUGGCAGAGAGAGAGGGACUGGAGCGGUUACUGCUCACCCAGGAGGAAGAGUACAGAGGACACGGGCAGGAGUUGGGGAGGAGGUUGAAAGCUGAGAAAGAAAAGGCAGAUGAGCUCAAAGGUCUCCUCACCCUCAAGGAAGCCGAGCUGGAGGAGGUGAAAGCCCAGGUAGAAGAGGAUAGGGACGAGAGGAAAUCAUUUGAGGAGGAGAAUGCUCACCUUAACACCCUGGUUACUGAUCUUCAAGAGGCAGAACAAAAGCGACUGAGAGAGAUUGAAAGUUUAAAAACUAAAGAGCAGGAGAUGGAACUAGAAAUGGAGGUACUCAGAGAAACAAGCCUUACACUUGAGAGACAAAUCCAGGAGAUGAGAGCCGAGCUGGUUGAUAUGGAGAAACUGGUUGCUGUUGAAAGGGAAAAGAUUAAAAAGCUUGAGACUGUGAAGGAAGAGCUUUCUGCUGAAAGUGAAGCACUCCGGAGUAAGGAGAAGCAACUUCAGGAGGAAACUGAGAUGCUGAGGCAGGAAGUGACUUCAUUGAAAAGCCUGAUCCAGGACCUGACAGUUAAAGUCAGAGAGAAGGAAACCAAUCAAGAAGAGGCUCAAACGGAGGUGCUGACAAAUGCUGAGGUGACUUUGGCUAAAGCAGACACUGCGUUGAGACAGAAGGAGGAAGAGCUCAUCAAACUGAGAGCCGAGAAUCAGGCUGUGAGGACGGAGCUUACCACAGUGAAACAGGGUCUGAGCACCAGUGCAGCCAGAGCUGAGAAACUACACGAGGAAGGACGGACCAAAGACUGUGCCCUUGUCGCCCUGGAGACUGACAACCAGCGGCUGAAGUCAGAGCUCCGGCGUCUGCAGGAGGACCUGGCUGUGCAGGAAGAGGAACUAGCCUAUCAGCAGAGAGAACUACAGCAACUCCUACAGCACUGUCAACAGGAGGACACACUUCAUCAUCAACAGGGAUACCAACAGAAAGAUAUUUCUCAGAGACCUUUUGAGGACAUCGUGAGCGUCUCUCGGGACGAAGCCUCUCUGGGCUCUCCGGAGCUGUUGAGGAAACUCGAAUGCUCCGAGGACAGAACCCUGCAGCGUUUCCAUACCUCUGUCCUGGGCUCCCGUCUGUCUGAGCUCAGUGUACUGAACAGCACCGGCCUGGAUCUGCCCCAACACAAGACCUCUCCCAGGGUUGUGAUGGAGCCCCCCCACUCUCGGACCAUCACUCCAGAUCCAGCCACACGGAGUACCCGCUCCCCAGGCUCAGCCUCCGUCUCUGACAACUUCUCCAUGCUUGACUCUCUGGAGACCGAUCGAAUGCGCGAGUUGGAAGGACUUGAUCUGACAGACCCUCCGUCUCUACUUGGCUCGACCUCCUCCCUCUCAGCACCAGAGUGGGCCAGUGAUGGAUAUGGAAGCAAUGUGAGUUCAGAGUUGGGUGCAAGGCUGAGAGUCGAGCUUGAACAGACUGAAAGACUGGAUGCUCAGUUUGUUGAGUAUCUCCGCUGUCGAGGAAUGAACCCGACGGCGAACACAGACAGUGCGGCAGGUAGCAUGAGCUACAGCGAUGACCUAUUAUCUCCUGAGCUUCAGAAUCUGUUGAAAAAGGUUUAUCAAGAAAGCUGCAGAAUUCUCACCUUGUCCCAGCGGCGUGCCACGUCCUCAACCCAACCUCAUGCCUCAGACUUGAAAGCUUUCUCGUCGAGUCAGGCGCAGUAUCAUUGUGGAGAUAGCUCCACCCUAAUGGACAAAUCAACCUCCAACCCCCCCAUGAGCUGGCAGCAGGAGAAGAGGGCACUGCAGGAGACUGUGAUCGCUCUCCGAGAGUUGCUUUGUCGAAUGGCACAGAGACACACACAAACUGACAACAGGGGUGAAAGUGACUGGCAGAGAGAUCAGCUACAGACUGAUGGACAGGUUGAAUCCCAACUGAAAGCAGCGCUGGAGGAGAGACAGAAACAACUGCAAUGUGCUCAUGACACCCAGCGAGAGCAAAACAACAAAAUGCAAUCACUCAGGCUCGCUGUAGAAGAAGGUGAAGAGGCUUUGAAGGAAGCGCAAACCAGAGUCCAGGAGCUUCAACAACAACUGGAGCAGGAGAGGGUUCUGAGUCUCCGUAAAGACAGAGAGGAGGAAAAAAGGAGAGAGGCCAUGCAAGUGUCCUCCGAUCAGCAGAGGUCAGAGGUCAUGGCUCUGAAGGGUCAUGUAGAGCAGGAGACGGUGGCAUGCAGCAACCUCAGACGUGAGCUUCAGAUAGAACAGUCGCGCAGUGAGCUGCUGGAGAAACGGGUAGACGACACCCAGAAGGAGCUAGAAGAUGAACGUCAACGUUCUGCCCAGCAACAGGAUCUCAUCCUGAAAGAAAAGACUCGACUGCAGCGUCUCUUGACCGAAGCAGAAUCUCGCUCAUGUGAGAUUCACUCGAAACUUGCAGCCGCUCACAGGAAGCUUGACGAAGAGAGAGACCGAUGCGCCAGCCAGGUGGAUGAGCUUAGCCGCAGACAUGAGGCCGACUCAGCCAGAGACAGGAAGUUUCUCUCUGACAUGCGCAACCAGCUAGAGCAGGAGCGAAGGCAGGGGGAGGAGCUGGCAGCUGUGAUGACCAAAAUGAGGACCGAGCUACUGCAGAGCAGGAGGACAUUGGAAGAGGAGGACAGGACGAGGAGGGAGGAGCUGCAGAGGGAACAGGAGGCCGCCACUCGACAUCGUGUGGCGAUGGAGACCUUGAAGGAGCAGAAACAGGAAGCCAGCAGUACUUUGGCGGAGGAGAGAGAGCGGUCCAGACGCCUUGGGGUGGAACUGGCAGAGAUAAAGGACAGACUCAGACUGAUGAAGGACAAAGAGAGGGAGAGGGAGGAGCAUUGGGAGCGAGAAAGGAGUAAGGGGCGGCAAGAUCAGAUGGAGAGGGAGAGACGUCAGGAAAGGACCAAUAACAAACUGUGUGAGUUGGAGUUGUUGCGGAAGCAGGAUCAGCAGCGAAUGCAGGAGCUGCAACAGACCCUGGCAGAGCUGGAACGGGAGGAGAGAGAGAUGGCUGCUCAGAGGAUGUCUGGAAGGACCACAGGGCAACAACACAAGCCUGCAUCCACACAACAGCAGCUCCAAACUGACGGAGCUCAGGCAGGCAGCUCACAACAAAACCAGCAGAUUUCGGCCACGUCGCCAUCUUCCACUCUGCUUGAGAAGAUGUUAAGUGAAAACUCUGAGCUGACGGAGCGUGUGACAUUGUUGAGUCAAGAUAGAGCGACUCACAAACACAGACUCGCCUACCUGGAGCGACAGCUGCGCCACUCGGAGAAAGAGCUCGCCAAGGUGACGUCCGAAACUGAAAACAGAUCCAUCAAUGACGUGAUCAGCAACAGCAAGGUGCAGCGUUUGUAUGAGCGUUACCUGCGUGCUGAGAGCUUCAGGAAGGCUCUGGUGUACCAGAAGCGUUACCUGCUGCUGCUGCUGGGUGGUUUCCAGGACUGUGAGCAGGUCACACUGUGUGUCAUCGCUCGUAUGGGGGCGUGGCCCUCACCCCCACUCUCCUCUCUGCACCGACCCCUCAGAAGAUUUAGAGCUGUUGUACGAGUUGUCAUCGCGGUCUCAAGAAUGAAGUUCCUGACCAGGAAAUGGCAGAAAGCGAUCAAAAGAUUAUCUGUAUCUGGGACUGUCAAUGGUCAUGGGCCAGGGCCUAAAGCUGAAGUUCUAAGACAGCAGCAGUCAAGAUCAAAUCACAACUCAUCCGUGAACAGAGACACAGUGUCGUCUCUCGUCCCACCCAGCAAAUCACCCUUCAGGUUGCACAACAGGUCGAACUCCAGUACCACUUUGCCCUCUGGGCAUCCUGGGGGGGCGUCUCAGGAUCCAGAAGGAUCACUGACAGAAUAUAUCAACCAUCUAGAAAAAGUCCAACAACGGUUGGUGGGAGCCAGGCAAGUAAGCAAGACUCAUAGACUCGCUAAAGAGGAAAGGAAGAUAUGGUCACGCUCUUCCAGUGAUAUGAUUGGUUAUCGGCAGCGCUGGCUGCAGGAGAACAGGACGUGGCUGUACCUGAGCUGCUUGUCGCCACUUUACCUGAACGGUCCAGGCUCAUCUGUUCUCCAGUCCGACCAAAAGUAAUCCGUCCACUGAACGUAUGAUUGUAUCCUGUCUGCACAUCAUUCCAAAACUUUCCAUGCCUUACACCCACGAAGAAAUUAAUAUAGGCUGUAAGAAGAUUGUUUUUCUGAUGGUGUGAAUUUUAUACGUACAUAAGUUAUUUUUUUAAUUUUCUAAUGUAACUUUUGUAUUAUCUGUGCCUCAGUUUUUUGAAGGUCACUCUUUAGAUGAUGCUAGAACAAAUGUUGUAAUUUUGAAUAUUGCUGUUUGAUAUUUUUCUACUAAUGUUUUAUAUCCUGUUGCUACAAUGUACAUAUGUAGAGUAAUGUUCAUGUGUCCAAAUGUGCACUGGUUUUACACUGGAAAUCCAUGAUCAACAUAGCUAGAGGUUGUAUUAUUGAACAUUUGUUUUUGUAUCAUCUAUGUUUCUACCAUAAAGUUAAUAAAUAAUUUAAAUGUUUGACAACAAA